AUCUUUCUAAACUGUACACAAUAUUAUAGAUAAAUCUUAUACAAGUUUUGUUGAUGACACUUCUUCAUUGAUCACACCGUCGGACAUUUUAGAAGGUCCGAAACGAGGUAGAAUUGACCAAAACGUAAUAAAUGGCGGACAGAUAGAUACUGAACCAUGUUGGAUUGUCGUGGCCGGUCCCAAAAACACGUCUUUACGAAAUCUAAGCUUUGCCUUCCUCGUUUGGUCUCUAGCCGUUCUAUAGCAAGUGAGCAACCAUAGCGCCGUGGCCUUUUACCGACACCAGUUCCUUUCAAUCCAAUGAUCCAAAUCCCCUUUUAGAUUGGCUCUACUCUCUUGGGAUUUUCCACCUUUCCUCUGACAAAAAGGAACCCAGAUUCCCACUUUCAAAGUGCUUUCAAUUUCCUAGCUUUGCUGGGUAUUCUCUUCUUCCCUUUUGCUUAUUGGGUUCCUAUUUCCCACCUAUAAUUAUCUAUUGUGUGUGUGUGUGGUGGGGGCGGUAUAUGCACAGUGAAGAGUUUGAUAGACAAGAUCAAGAAUGGAGGCUUUAAAGAAGCAAGCAAGUAAACUAAGGGAGCAAGUUGCCAAGCAACAGCAAAUGAUUAUGAGGCACUUGGGCCAGUUGGGCAAUGAAUCUGUAAUGGUAGACGAAGCUGAACUACAGUCUCACCAACAACUUGAGGCAUUAUACCGAUCUACCAGGGCUGCAAAGCAUUUUCAAAGGGAUAUCGCCCGUGGUAUAGAAGCACAUAUUUCAACUAGCCGAAAGGAAAUGCAGAUAGCUAGAAAGUUGGCUAAGGAUUGUUGCAAAUAUGGGAAUGAGAAUGAAAGUGGUGCUUCUCCCAUUGCAAGGGCUGCUUUGAACUUUGGUGCUUCACGUGCUGCAAUGGAAGAUGAAAGAGAAACUAUGCUUGGGAUUUUAGGACAGCAGGUUUCUGAGCCAUUACGUUCAAUGAUUAAUGGUGCUCCUCUUGAAGAUGCUCGUCAUUUGACUCAUCGUUAUGACAGAAUGCGCCAGGAUCUUGAAGCCCAGUUUUCCGAAGUAAUAAGGCGCCAAUCUAAGUUCAGAGAUUCUUCUUCCGAGAGUUUAGUAAAGCUCAAAAAUUCAGAAGCAAAAUUGACUGACCUUAAAUCUUCGAUGUUGGUUCUUGGGAAGGAGGCAAUUGCGUCCAUGUUAUCUGUAGAGGAGGAGCAGCAACAGACUACUUACCAAAAACUUCUUACAAUGGUGGAUGCUGAAAGAUCUUACCACCGGAAUGUCGUUGCUACAUUGGAAAAGCUACAUUCCGAGAUGAUUCUAGAAGAACAAUCAAACGAGUCUUCACUACAAUCAUCAUUUUCACAAAGAGAGGUACUUGAUGCUGCUUCAAAUGGAUCUUCUCAUCUUGGAGAUGACGAUAAAAAUGGGAAUGAUUUCGUUGCAAAGGUUAUACACCCGUUUGAUGCCCAAGCCGAUGGUGAGCUAAGCCUUGAACUUGAUGAUCAUGUGGUGGUUCGGCAGGCGGCUCCUACUGGAUGGUCUGAAGGAGAAAGUAAGGGUAAAUGCGGCUGGUUUCCCUCAGCUUAUGUAGAAAAGAUAGGCGAAGCCCCAGCAAUCAAAUUAGAAGGAAGAAGAGAGUCUUGGAGAGGAGAAACCUCUACUGUCAUACAACAGAGCCAUUCUAACAGCUGAUGGCAAAGAAUUAAAAGUAGAAUAAAGAGAGGAGCGAGAGAGAGAACAACCAAAAGAAGCUAAAGCAUUAGCAACCGUUAGCCUCCCGGUAAGAAUGUGUGAUCGUAGCAUUCCAAUCGGAGAGCAAAUGACGAAUGGUGGCAAUAGAGGAACGGAGUCUCCAUGGGAUUGGAGCUUCGCAGUUAAGGAUG